CAAACCCCCCUGCUGCUAGUGCUCCUCUUCACACUGCUGGCGCUGCUGUGUGCACUCUUUGACACCCAGCACCACCCGCGACCCAUUGUUGUGGCUGCUGUUGCCGACCGCUGCACGGUCACAGCCCUCUUCUUCGUCCCCUGCUUACCCUGGCAGUCCACGCUGCUGUCGAGUUCACACACACUUGCCCCACCCCGCGCAACUCUUCUCUCCUCUCUUGGAGUUUCUGUUCAUCCCUGUUCCCUGUCGCUUGCUCACCUUGACGAUGGCGCGCGUGGUGGGCCUGGACGUGCUAGCGCCGAUGGUUCUGGUGGCAUGCUCGCUGAUCGCAGUCUCGGUUUCCGCACAAGCACCAACAAGAUCAGAGUUCAUUGUACGAAACGACACGAGAUGCGACCAUCACAUGGCACUGCACUCGCUGUCGCGCGAUGCCCUCGACCAAUGCCAGAGGUUGUGUGAGAAGGAUAAGCAGUGCACUUCCUUUUCCCUCAACGACAAAACAGGGGAAUGCUUUCUCUUUGGCGAGGACGCAUCGUGUCAUCAAGCUCUGAUGUGGACAUCUGGAUUCAAAGACACGCGGGCUGUGCGAGCUGUGGAAGGCAGCGUCGCUCGCAUGUCCUGUCCCAAAGGAAUGUACAUCAGCAACGUCAAGGCCAAGUUCAACGCUCCAGGGUGCACUGCCCACGACGUCAGCGACAUUGUGCAGGACCUUUGCUUGCAGCAACAAGCGUGUGCUGUCUCUGUUGCUCGUGAGCUCUUCCUCGUGAACCCAGAGUGCAAAGGCACCUUCGUCCUCUCCGCAGCAGCUUCUUGCGAAGCUGGCGUGGCGUUUUAUGAGGACGAGCACUUUAGCAGCUGGAGCAGUGCCAACUGGGACGCUGCACGCGCUGUUGUCGAUGACAGGAGAGCAGAGUGGAAGCAGUACCUUGAGAACGUGCCUACUUACCCUGAAGGCAAGUACCGUGGCCGCGGUAUCAUCAUCGUUGCCGGCGGCAGGUACCUCGCCUCUGCCCUGGUCUCCGUCAAGAUGCUGCGCGACCUUGGAUGUACGCUGCGCAUCCAAAUCUGGCACCUGGGCCCGGAGGAGGUUGACGCUGCUCAGCGGGAGGUGCUGGCUGCGUACGACGUUGAGCCGCGUGACUUCACCGCCGUUGUUCCACCAGAGCUGCUGAAGCCCAUUGAAAGCAACGUCGGCAUGCGCCUCUUCCAGCUCAAACCGCUAGCGCUGCUGUACUCUGACCUGCAGGAGGUGCUCCUCAUCGACUCUGACAACACGCCCCUCAUGGACCCGACCUACCUCUUCUCGGAGCAGGGGUUCCAGGACACGGGCACCGUGUUCUGGCCAGACUACUGGAAGACGAGCUUCGACAACCCCAUCUGGGCCAUCCUGGGCAUGGAGCCCAAGGCCAUGUGGGAGCAGGAGAGCGGGCAGCUGCUCAUCAACAAGCGGGCGGCGUGGCGCGGCCUCAACCUGUGCGUCCACUUCAACAGCGCCUUCUACAUGGGGCUCAUCAACGGCGACAAGGAUACCUUCCGCUUCGCAUGGCUGGCAGCAGGUGUCCCUUUUGUCAUGAACUCGUGGAUGCCCAGCGCCGUCGGCACCGUCAAGGAGCGCCACUCUGACACGGACCUUGGCUUCUGCAGCCACACCAUGCUGCAGCACGACCUUCAGGGCAGGCCCCUCUUUGUCCACCACAACCAGCUCAAGCACGCGCAGCUGCCGCUUGGCGAGAAUUUCCGCUACAUGAAGAGCCUGCGCGGUGUCAACGCCCGCGUGCUCCCUGUCGCGGGCCUGGACGUGAACGGCGCCGUGUUGCCGUGCAACGACGUCAUCAGCGGAGAGCUUCCCUUGGCCAGCAGCGGCGCCACCUCCGCCGAGCCGACGGGGCUGGGUGCGUUUGAGGUGCGCUACUUUGCUGCCACCUAUCACAUUGCCGCUCAGCUCGAAGAGGCAGUCGCUCGCAUCGGCACCGGCACCGUGGCCGCUACGCAGCAACAACGGCAGCAGCCAACAGCAGGAGCAGAAGCAGCAACGCCAGGUGCACAGCUUGCAGGAUUUGGUGAGGCGGAGAGCCUCCUGAUCCGCGAUCGCCGCGUCACAUCGGACAACGUCACCACCAACUGCAACGUGGGCGAGUUUGAGCUUGCCCCGAAUGUGUGCGAGUACAUCACCGCGUGUGAGGCUGACCAGGUCGAAAUGAGCGCUCCCACUGCGACCUCUGAUCGCGUGUGCGAAGCCGGCCCAAGUUACGUCGACCCCAUCCUCCAGACCAUCACUGUCACUAGCGAUGGCGCGGCGUUCAACCUUGCCGCAGACGGCCAGGCUGCACAGGCUGCACCCGCCAUUACUGUGAGCCAGGGCGGCCGGUACCUGUUCCAGUUGUCCAGCGUCCCAACAUCGUCCAGCUUCGUGAUUGAGGACGGGGCCGGGGCAACCGUCGCUGGCCCUGCAACCGAGGAUCAGGGCGUGCAGCUGCAGCCGGGCGAGCUGGGCGUGGAGUUCACCUACUACGACGGCACAGGCUCGCUCACGGGUAACACCAUCACCGUGGACACGACCACCAGCUACUCGCUGCAGUACUCCGGGUAUCACGGCACACAUACAGGGCCAUAUCAGCGAUACAACACCGCCUACGACCCGAGCAAUCACCUGUUCACCCGCGACGUGUUCAGCCUGACGAGCAAAGGGUUUUCCGCGGCGCGCACAGAGUGCAGGGUGGCAUGCAGCCAGGACUCCGCCUGCACCGGGUUCUACGUGUAUGUCACAGACACGAAGACGGUCUGUCAUGGGCUUGCAUACCUCGGUGAGCCCACUGACACUUUGGCAGACAGUGAGAGCUGGAUCAAGGUCACCCAAGUGAACUAGCUUGCUUGUUGCCAAACGCGUAGGUUGCUUGGUUUGCCUUGGUGCACAUGGUGAACGCCCUCCGUCGAUGGAAGGUUGUGACAAAAGGUGCUUGGUCACCUGUAAUUGUGGCUGUGUGUGUGUGUGUGUGUGUGUGUGUGUGUGUGUUAGCUGCGAUGUUGGCGCGUUGGAUUGGUUGCGAUAAGUGGACUCGGCAUGCAUGUUCAUUCGUGUGCGGGAUAUUUUAGUGGCUUCCUGAAGCGACGGCUAGUGUCUUCAGGCUUGCCCGACGGUUGCGAGGAGUUUGUGUGUGUGUGUGUGCGCGUGUGCGCGUGUGCGUGUGUGCGUGUGCGUGUGCAUGUGUGUUUGUACAACGCACACGUGCUAUCAUGUACACAUGUGUGUGCUGGUGUGUUACACUUACACAUUUCUUUCAUUCUUUGAUUUGUAGCGAAGGAGAGGGAGGGGCGGGAAGAAGGGCAAGAGCGAGAGGCAGUUGUACAUUUGUCAGCCUGUUGAUUGCUUGUUGUGUGGCCAGGUUGUUCCUGGUGACCAUGUACUCAUGUCAGAUGUGCACAGCAAAAGCCAAGAACGAAAGACAAGAAACGAAACAGAAACGAA